GCUUCUGUGGUUCUUCUUCGCAGGCCCCGUUUCCUGUUCACCCAACUUCCAAAAUGUCCACAGUUACAGAACACUGUGGAGCAGAAUGGACCCCAGCAUGGAGAGCAUACACAACAUUUAAACUCAGGAGAGCAAUUUACUUUAUAUCCUGCGGAAAUCUGCUCAUUUCGUUACCAGGCUAAAAUGGAGAAGGAUUUCCCAUCAACACCCACACCUGUCAACACCCAGGGGUCAUGCCCUGUCCUGGAUGGACCCUCUCUUCCCUCCCCCUUACAGAUUCCUCCCUCACCCAUCUCCAGUGACCUCUCUGCUCCACCCUCUCAGCCCACCAAAUCUCCAUCCUCCACAGAAACAAUGACAGAACCCAGAAAAUCCUCCUGUUCCUCUCCACAAUCAGCUCCAACCAUGUCUAAACCAAAGGACCCCCCUCCUUCUUUAGAUGGGUCAAGGCCCUUAUAUGCUGCUGUAUCCUCUAAGACUGUUUGCACUAAACCCGCAGACAAAACACCACUUUUUACUUCUCCUAACCACUCUACCCCUCAAAUCUGCAAAACUUCAGCCAGCAUGGCCUGCGACACUCUGACAGUUUCCCCUCCCUCUACUUCCACCACCGCUCCCACCACGACUCCUGCAACUCCUUCCACCACCCCUGUGAAACGUACCUUUGCCUCCAUGGCCAAGAAGGUGAUACUACAUGAAAGACUUAGAAAAGCAGAGGAAGAGGAUGCCAAUGAUGAAGAAGAUGAUGAAGAACCAGAGGAGGAUUUGUCCAUGGAGCAGAUUGAGGAGAAAGCCAAAGCUGGUGAUGCCAGAGCUCAGACCCGGCUGGGUCAGCAAUACUUGAUUCUUGCUGAGGAGAAGGACGCGGAGUUAAACCAUCUCCUGGCUGUUAAUUGGCUGAUUAAAGCAGCUAAACAAGGAAGAAAAGGUGCAGCAAGAUUACUGCAGCGCUGUUGGAUCCAGAAGAAAGGAAUUACUCCAGAGAAUGAGGCUGAUGUGCGCAAGUUGUCCACAGAGAGUAAGUUUGAGCUGGCAGUACGUAAAGCAGCCAUGAUGAUGUACUUUAAACUCAACCCAGAGAGGAAGACCAAGGUGGCUAUGACUGAGAUGCUGGAAAAUGUCAGCCAGGUCAAUGCAGUGUCAGGUGGCACUGCAAGCAGGAUCCCUGGCCCAACCUCAAGCCAGACCCAGAGAGUGUUGGAAAGCAUGGUCAGCAAUGAGGCCAAACAGCUGGUGGACCUGGAUGAGUUUGUUGAGAUGACAAAACAGUAUGCACAAGGUAUUGUCCCCUCUGCAUCCCAAGAUGGCAACCAGGUUGCCAAGACUGAAUGCCCUACACCUCGCAGCAGUGGUCAGGAGAGGACUGAGUUGGUCCCGUCAGGAUACAAGAAGUCCUAUAAAAGAUCUUGGAGUUUGGGCCGGACUGGGAUGAUUCUGGGCACGAAGCAAAAAGCCAUGGACAUGAAGUCACGCCUAAUGAUGCUGGAGUACCCGCUGCACACCAUUGUGGAGAUGAAGGAGCACCUGGUCGACUGGGCAUCGCGGGCCGGUGUCCAGUGGCUGAGCACAAUCAUCCCCACCCACCAUGUCAACGCACUUAUUUUCUUCUUCAUCUUCAGCAACGUAACAGUCGACUUCUUUGCUUUUUUCAUCCCCCUGCUUGUCUUCUACCUCUCCUUCAUCUCCAUGAUCAUCUGCACAUUACGUGUUUUUCAAAGCAGCAAGACUUGGGAGAACUUCAGAGCCCUGACAUCUUUGCUGAUACAUUUUGAACCUGGGCUGGAUGUGGAGCAGGCAGAGACCAACUUUGGCUGGAACAACCUAGAGCCGUACCUCUACUUUAUCCUCUCCGUCUUCUUUGUCAUUUUCUCCUUCCCUGUAGCUGACAAAGGCUGGAUCCCCUGUUCGGAGCUCUCUACUGUGGCCAUCUUCUUCACUGCUGUCAGCUACAAGAGCCUCAGCUCCACUGCUGCGAUGUACGCACGCCAAGCAAUGGCCAUAGAGGUAGCAUCAUCUCUGUGUUGCCUGACCCAGUUCCUACCAGAGAACAUGACUGUGCUUCGUUUUCUGGGACACACCUUCGCCACACUACCACUAGGGGAGUCAGUGGUGCUGAAGAUCAGUAUCCCCUGCCUGCUGUAUGUUUACUUGUUCUACCUCUUCUUCAGCAUGGCGAGGAUGCGUGGUUUCCGGGGGACUUACUGCUUCCUGGUUCCAUACCUCGUGUGCUUUAUGUGGUGCGAGUUCUCCGUCGUGCUCCUUCAGAGUUCCUCCGCUGUGGGUCUAAUCCGCACCUGUGUGGCCUACUUUCUCUUCCUGUUCGCGCUGCCUAUUCUGGCAUUUGGCCUCACCGCCAUGCUCUUCAUUCAAGUCUUCAAGUGGUUCCUUGAGCUGGAACUGACAAAGGUGAUUGUCACCCUGGUAGUGUGUGCGAUCCCUGUCACCCUGCGGCUGUGGACGCGGUUCAGCAUGUCUAUUCUGGAUGUCUUCCGCUCAGUGACCCACCGCGGCCCAGUCAAACUCAUCUUACUCUGUGUCUCCAUGGUGCUGUUGUUCUUCUCUGUCUACGUGUACCACGCAGAGGGGGACAAGGUGUACAACUCCACGCUGACUUGGAAGCAGUACAGCCAGGCGUGCGGGCCUCCUGCCUGGGAAAUCAAAGGCAUGGCCCAGACACAGAUCUUCUGUAGCCACCUUCAUGGACACAGAGUCACUUGGGUUGGGAGUUUCAAGCACGUCCGUGUGGCUGAGACAGAGAAUGGGGCACAGUCGGUCAUUAACAUGUUGCCGGUAUUCAUGGGAGACUGGCUGCGCUGCCUGUAUGGAGAGAAAUAUCCCAAAUGUGAGCCAUUGAAUGCUACAGCAGCUGCAGAUUUGGCAGCCAAUUCUGCUUCAGCUACCAUUUCACUGCCCAUGCUGCUCCGAAUGCAAGAAGAGGAAGAGUUGUGUCAGCUCAAGGCUCUGGCCAAAUAUACUUGCCAUGUGAAGCACUUUGACAGCCACCGGUUUGAAGUGACAGUGGGCAUGAUCCGGGAUGGAGGGGUGGGGACAGAGGACCCUGCCAGGGAUAUAAUCCUAAUAGCCAGCCAUGAGUUCAGAGAGGUUCUGCUUAAUCUGAGCCCUGGUAAUAUGGUGGAGUUCAGCACCAAGCUGGAAGGCCGCCUUGGAGCCAGAGCCCCGGCCUUCGAGUUGAAAUCCAUCCACUGUCUGGACUGUGCUCCCUCAAUGUUGAAUAGAAGCAGGCAGGUGAAGAUAGAGAGAAACUGGAGACGCACAACAAUGAGAGCCCUGAAGUUUGCUUUCGAUUUUUUCUUCUCUCCGUUCUUGUCUGCAAAAAUCACUGCCUGAGAAGAAAGACAGCAACACAUAAAGCUGAAGUGAUAAUAACUGGCUUGAACCUCUUCAGGAACUCUUUUUCUUGUGAUGUGACGAUCAAGUUACUAAUGUAACUUAUAGCAGUGGUUCUUAAAGUGGGGUCCGGGGACACCCAUCGGUCCUUUAGGGAGUUCCUAGGGGUUCCCAGCAAAAAGCGGAGUAAUUAAUUCUCACUAUAAUUCCAUCCAUAAGUAACACAGUGACAGAAUGUAUGACUAUGUUGGUCAUUGGUUCCAAACACUUUCUGUACUAAAACAUCUCAAAGCAAAAAUGUUAUCAGGUGGGGGACCCUGAGCCAGAAUCUUAUCAAAUGAGGCUCUGUGGUCGAAGUUGUGUCAGUAGAGGGGUCCGUGAUAAAAAAUUUGAGAACCACUGAUUUAUAGUUUUGUUUACAAACUGAUAUGACAGGGAUCUACAGUGCAUGUUUAUGUACUGACAUUUCAACAGGGUGAAAUCUUAUAGGAAAGGAAUUUAAUAUUUUUGGUAGUACUUCCUGUUAGUGCAUGAGUUUACAAAGAUUUUACUCUUUCAGUUCAAGAAUGAUUCAGAUUCCAACAUUGAGCUUCAUUUUCAAAAGCCAGACAAACACAAGAACAUAUUCUUCAAUUUGUAUCCAUCCAUUUUUCAUUUUCCAGGUCUGUUACAGUGAACUGGUUUAACUUUGAUGGUGUUUAUAGAGAUGAUAUGCAAGGAAGCUAAUGUUGGGUGCUCAUCACUUCUGACUACCUAGAGUAACUGUGCAUUUCUUAAAAAUAAGAUAGUGGCAUUUUUAAAUAGAGUGAAAUUUAUCUUUUGUUGAGCAAUGUUGCUGCUGGUUUUGUACCGAGGAAUUUCUUACGUGUAUAGUUAAUAUGUUUGCAUGUACAGUAUGUGUAUACAUUUACGUGUGUAUACAUUAGUGCAAUUUUAAAUGUACUUUUACCCGUUUAUUUAUAGGUGUUCGAUAAUAUUGGUUGUGUGCAACCAUGAGCUUUUUGCUUUGUAGUCUUAAAAAGUUCUGGUCUUAAUCUUAUUUUUGAAUAUUGAUCAGAUUUUCCUGUGCCUUAAACUAUAUUGUACAUAAAAUGGCAUUUUGGAAAGCCUUAACAUAA